UUGUCCCACUGAGAAGGUUAACUUAUAAGAAGGGACAUGCAAAUGCACCCAAUGCGGCAUACUCACUGGAUUUUUCUAACCUCCUGUUUCAUUCAAUUUACUUCCAGAUUCCUCGGCCUAAUUCGAUAAAAUAAUAAUGCAGACAAUCUUGAUGCAGUCUCUGAUUCCUCUCUCUCUCUUCCUCUUGAUGCAAAUCUGCACACUGCAAGCUGCGGUCGUGGUGCCGAAGAAUGCAACAAUCUCGGCUGUUUUCACAUUUGGUGACUCCAUAUUGGACACAGGCAACAACAACCACCUCAUCACUCUGGUUAAGAGUAAUUUUCUUCCAUAUGGAAGGGAUUUCAUGGGAGGAAAACCGACCGGGAGGUUCAGCAAUGGCAAGGUUCCCUCAGAUAUCUUUGCACAACAACUGGGGAUCAAAGAACUGUUGCCCGCAUUUCUCGACCCGAACCUGCAACUUCAAGACCUCAUCGGAGGCGUCAAUUUCGCCUCGGCCGGUGCAGGAUUCGAUCCUCUGACAUCAGAACUCGUGUUCGUCAUACCUAUGUCGAAACAAUUACGACUCUUCGAUGAGUACAAAAGGAAGCUGAAGAGCUUUAUAGGAAAGGAGAGAGCGGAUUCUAUCGUUGCGGACGGCCUGUAUAUUGUGUCUGCAGGGAGCGACGACAUUGCGAAUACCUAUUUUCAUACCCCGACCCGGAUAUUUGACUACAACGUUUCUUCUUACACACAACUUUUGGCUCGUUCAGCCUCAUCCUUCUUGCAGGAACUACACGCAAAGGGUGCUCGGAGGAUCGGCGUCUUCAGCUUGGCUCCCCUCGGGUGCAUACCCUUGCAGAGAACUCUAGCCGGCGGACUCGAGAGGAGAUGCGCAGAGGAUUACAAUCGGAUGGUUCAACUGCUCAACUCAAAGUGGACGCGGGAGUUGCGUCACCUCAACAGAGCCUUCCCUCAUGCCAGGAUGGCCCUUAUCGACGUCUACGGCCUCUUACUCGACAUCAUGAAGAAUCCCAGGAAAUAUGGGUUCGAAAUCUCGGACCGAGGGUGCUGCGGCUCGGGUCUAAUAGAGGCCGGAUUUAUGUGCAACCAGUGGAAUUUCUUGACAUGCUCAAAUGCCUCAGGAUAUGUGUUCUGGGACAGCUAUCAUCCCACGGAAAAUGCCUACAAGAUCAUGGUCCAGGGGCUGCUGGGGAAGCUCCUGGUCGACCUAUACUCAUGAUGGCGAAGACGGCGGCGACGAC